GGACAGCCUGACAGACAGACCAACAAAGCUUUGAAGGAUUAUGUAAAGAGGAAGAAAACCCACAAAGCUGAAGUCCUAAAAUGAAUGAACCUGUUUACAACAACCAGAGCUUUCAGAAUGACGAACAGAAACCUUAUCCAUCUUCUUAUCCAUAUCCUUUCUACCUGCCAUACAUGGGCUCUCCUGCUGCUGGCCCUGCUGCUGGCCCUGCCCACAUCAUUACUACCCACCAGACUGACUCACCUAGAGCACUGCUGGCUCAGAAGCGAAGGACAGGAGGAAAGGCAUGUCCCUGGAAGUACGUUCUCUCUGGAUGUCUCUGUAUAUUUCUUGUCCUGGCAGCACUCGGUCUCCUGAUCUGGUACUUCUUUUACUACCAGUGUWUAUUGGGGAAGUCAUGUGGACCUGGUGGGAAGUGUCUGAGCCUCUCCCAGUGGUGUGAUGGGGUCCAAGACUGCUCAGAUGGAGAGGAUGAAUCCCACUGCUUUCGUCUCCAAGGGACCAACUUCCUGUUAGAAAGUUACUGUUCAGAAAACCAGCUGUGGAUACCUGUGUGUGCAGAGAACUGGGACGACAGCUACGGGAGAGCUGUGUGUGAYCAGAUGGGCUACAGACGCAUUCGUUUCGUGUCUCACCAUGGGGAACGCCUCCUGUGUGCAAAAUGUGGCACAAAUUCAGCAGAUCCCAGCAGUCGUAUUGUGGGCGGCACAGAGGCUGUGAACGGAGCCUGGCCGUGGCAGGUCAGUCUCCAGAUUUCUAAUCAACAUGUGUGUGGAGGCUCCAURAUCGGCCCGAAGUGGAUCCUGUCUGCAGCACACUGCUUCCAGAGAUACUCCAGUCCUGCCAACUGGAGGGUACACUACGGUGAUGUGCGCUUAUCACRCAUGAUGCUUUAUAAAGACGUACAAAGAAUCAUUAUUCAUGAAAACUAUGAUCCAGAAACUAGUGACAAUGAUGUGGCUCUUCUAAAGCUGAWCACACCUUUAUCCUUUACAAGCACAGUGAGACCCGUGUGCCUCCCCAACACUGGGGUGAACAUUCCUGCAGAGAGUCCAGCCUGGAUCACAGGAUGGGGAGCUCUGUACUCACAUGGACCAUCACCACGUGUACUAAAUCAAGCUCAGGUGACCAUUUUUGACCGACAGACCUGUAAUGAUCCUCGUGUGUUGAAUGGGGCUGUCACUCGGAGCAUGUUGUGUGCAGGAAAGCUGGAAGGAGGUGUGGACAGCUGCCAGGGGGACAGUGGAGGCCCUCUGGUGGUUAAGACACAAAAUGUAUGGUGGCUGGCAGGGGACACUAGCUGGGGAUAUGGAUGUGCUCAAAAGAACCUGCCAGGAGUUUAUGGCAACAUAACCUAUUUUACUGAGUGGAUAUCAGAACAGUUACAGAAUGAAUGACACUGCAGGUCCUAUGAAGGCACUUUAAACCAAAACUUUGAUGGAACUCCACAUGAAUGUAUUUCAUGGGUUUUUUUUAACAACACUGAAAGAAAUGAAUGUUGUUCCCUCAAUACUGAAUGUUUACAUUUUGACACAAUCUAGUUAUUUAGUCAAGAAGCACUGCCGUGUGUGAGCCGUCACAUCCAAGGAUGAAGUCACGAAGUCUAACUGUGUGUGGAGAAACAGGCAGCUGUCAUUGGUUUAAAUAUUUGCAAUAACUGCAUUUUGUCAAAAAUGUAAAGAAUAAAUACGUUAUCUGCAGGAAAUAUAAACUUCAAGUUUUUGAAGCACUCUUUUGAGCAACAAAAACAAAACAAGAUUUUGAGCUASAAAGCCUUGAAUAUUUGAUAUUUUCCCUGUGAGUUAGCAAAGSUUUUUUUUCUUUCCAGCUGAAAAUAUCUCAAUAUCCAAAUAUUAUUUGAUGUUCCUUCUUUACAGUGAUGUAAAAUAUCCUCAUUAGAAAAACCUAAAAACAAGAUUUAGGCCAAAUAUUAUUGUAUUGUUCUGAUUAUGCUCCAUAUGUCUGGAAUAAACAGCUCCGGAAAAUAUUAAGAGACCAUUUUAUAAUGAUCACUUUCUGUGAUUUUACUUUUUAUAUGUAUGAAACAGCUAAACUACAUAUCACUUGUUUUUUAAAGGAUGCUAAACUUAAAAUUUUGUAUUUUUAUGGCAGGCAGACUGUGUAGUACCUGGUGAUGAUAUGUUUUGGGCAAAUUAGUGUGUAUMUAGCAUUGAUCUGUAUUACUGGARUGCUGGAAAUUAAUCUGGGAGGGGGUUCAGAGGUAUGCAGCAGAUUCUAGAGCAGAGGACAAUGGGAUCCAGACCACAGUCUGUGAUGGACUCCAGUCCCUCCGACUCUGCUGACCUUCUGCAGUGUGGACUCAGUGGAUGGCUGCUGUCCCUGACCUGCUCUACUGACAGCCCCUCCAUCAGAAGACUUGUGGACCCUGAGAGACUCUAUUUUUAUGCAUACCAUAUAUUUAUUGUUUUAUUUUUAAAAAUUUUGUGUGCAAUGAUUAGAGUUUUAUUAGUUUUUAGUAUUUUUAAAUGUUUAGUGUAUUUAGUGUUGAAGGAAAUUUUGUAAAUGACUAACUGAAUUUUGGAUCCAGUUUUGCAUUUUUACACUUUCUGAUCAUUGCAGCCAUAAAGGUUAAAACAGACAAAGAGUUGGCGUGUGUUAUCAUGUGUUCUUUCUGUCUGUGUAAAUAAAAGCUGGUUAUGUUCUA